AUGGUUUGGGGGUUCGCUCACCUAUGCUCACGGUCGGAUCCGCUGAUGUCUGUGGUGGCGGCGGAAGUGGUGAAGAAGAUCAAAAACUUCGGACACGAGGAGCUAGCAAAUACUGCUUGGGCCUUUGCCAAGUGCGGCCUUUGGAAUGAUCAGUUGGCGCAGACUUUGGUCGCGCAAUGUUUGGAAGGGAUCGAGGAGUUUGAUACUGACACCCGGAGCAUGUUUCAGGAUCCCAGGAGAGCCUUUCCAAUGUGGCCUGGGCGAUGGCCCAAUGGAGCACCAAAGAAGAGAGGAACCGCGGCCAAUGGCAACUUUGGCCUGGGCCUUUUCAACGCUCAACUUUCGACCCGACAGCGGCUAGCCAUGGAAAGCUUGGUGAGGUUUGUUGAGGCGGAUCCUUCAAGUCCAAAAGAAAGGCUAGUGCUGAGAUGUGCUGAGUUGAACAUGUUCGACAAGACUGAUUCCAUGUUCGGUGAGGACAUAGCCACAAUUGCCAGGAAAAUCUCGCAGUUUUCCAUGAAGGAAGUGGCUCAAAUAGCCUGGGCCUUUGCCAAUCUACGCUUUCACGACCUGCAUUUGUACCAGAAGAUUGCGGAACACAUUCAAAAGCAGCAGAAUCUGGGGAUGCUACCGGCAGAGAUCGCGAACAUCGCCUGGGCAUUUGCCAAAAACCACUUGUCCAACCAAGUUAUCAUGAAUCGCCUUGCUUCAGAGGCCGUGAGCCAAAUUGGUGGCUUCAAAGCGGCAGAAAUCACCAUGCUCACCUGGGCCUAUGCUGUCAGUAACUUGGGGCACCCGGCCCUCAUGCUGGAGAUUGGCACCAAGGUCUCACAGCGAAGUCAAAAGUUCACGCCUGGGCAGUUGGCACACAUCAUUUGGGCCUUCGGUGCCCUAAGUCUGAAGCACGAGGGGUUGUGCGAGGCUGUAGCCAAGUGUUGCCAAAACGAUAUGCGCCGUGCCAGCCUGCCGAGUCCGGGAGCGCAUGCGGGCACCGCGGGCGCGCAAGCAACACCAAAUCGGGACCGGGACGCCAACAGUACUUACAACGCCAACAGCCUCACGCAAGUGGUUUGGGGCUUCGCCAUGGUGCAAUACCGGAACACCUCCUUCCUUCAUGAAGCAGCAGGGCGAAUCUGUCUUGGCAUCGACAUGUUGAAACCCUUGUCGCUCUGGCGGUGUGCUUCGGCCUACAACGCCAUGAUGGUGAACAACAAGGAGAUCAAGGAAGCCAUUUUGGUUGAGGCCUGCAAGAAACAGCAGGAUUUCUCGCUGAAACUUGGCUUCGGGUUUCAUCGGAGCGCUUCGACACAAGUUCGACGAAUGACUAUGCUCACUGACAACUGGAUGGAGUUUAGGAAGGGCUUGAGCCGACUGCUCGACUGCUACAACAUGCACAUUGGGCAGAAGGAACAAGAAAACUUGGAAUCUCAGACUGCUGGGGACUGCCUGGGGCUGGUGGGAUGUGAGAUGGAACGAGUCAUGGACAGUCGACUCGAACUCGUGGCGCAGAAGCUGACGAGACUCUACGCCACUGGACAUCCCUACGAUGACAACUCGCCGGACACGCCCCGAAGCGGUGACCCGUUAGUGUUUCAGUGGCUUCACGAGUCGGGCUUCUUGGAUUUGCAGGUGCAAGGUAUGAAGAAAAUCCUGCAGAAACUUGACAUUCAGACCCCCGGCUGGCCAUUUGUCGCCUGGCGGACGCGGCUGGGAGUCUCCAAAUGCUUCCGCGAAGCGCGGCCAUUUUGGAGGUCACAAGCUUUUGCGAUGCUGGAGCUGGCAGUUGCUGGCCAAAGCCACUGGUUCGCCCGCUCCCUGGAGGGUCCGGACGAUUUGGACCGGCGACGCUUCGCGAUGGAUGCCCUGCAGUUGUCGCAGCCGCCGGCCUUAGACUGUCAAGUUCUCUCCUACGUCUUGGAGCUGGCCCUUCUGAAGAUGAUGGAAAGCUUCGGCCAAGAUGAGAUCGGACAAGCGGCCUGA